AUGUCGGAGCCGGAGCGCGACUUCUACGGGGCGCAGGUGGACGAGUUUGCGGCGGCGGCGGAGGGCGCGAGGAGGAACGGCGUGCGGCUGAGGAUGAUUGACGUGACCAAGAUGAUCCUGCGGCGGCCGGACGGGCACCCCGACCUGUACGGCCACGGACCCGGCGAGCACGAAGGCUUCGACAUCGACUGCCUGCACUGGUGCCUGCCGGGACCGAUCGAUGUGUGGAACGAGCUGCUGCUUCAGAUCCUGGCCGGCCGUUAUUAG